AAGUCUAAAAUAGUGUAAAUCCCGCCCAUUCUGCAUCUGAUUGGCUGAUGUCCUACCCCCUCCUCCAGAGUCCUGGGGUUCUACAGCAUGUUAGAGAGGCUGUAUUCUGUAUUAGAGGAACACCAGGACAAGUGUUCAGUUAUUAGUGUGUUUUGUUGACCUCUGUUGUGUCUGUCAGACCGCAGGGUGGUGAUGCAGCUAUGGAGUUGAGAACUACAGGAAGUGUGUUUGUGGUCUUCCUCUGCUCUGUGGCAGCUGGCGAUCCUCUGAGAUUGGUCAACGGUUCCUCUGCCAACCCUGCCUGCUCUGGCAGAGUGGAGAUCUACCACUAUGGCCAGUGGGGGACGGUGUGUGAUGACAGCUGGGACCUGCAGGAUGCCCAAGUGGUGUGCAGACAGCUGGGCUGUGGCCGCGCCCUGUCUGCUACAUCAUCUGCCAGCUUCGGCCAGGGCAGCGGGCCCAUCUGGCUGGACAAUGUCAGGUGUUCAGGGUCAGAGUUCUCCCUGACAGAGUGCAGACAUCGGGGCUUCAGCUCACACAACUGUAGACACAGUGAAGAUGCCGGGGUCGUCUGUGAGGCUGGCGAUCCUCUGAGAUUGGUCAACGGUUCCUCUGCCAACCCUGCCUGCUCUGGCAGAGUGGAGAUCUACCACUAUGGCCAGUGGGGGACGGUGUGUGAUGACAGCUGGGACCUGCAGGAUGCCCAAGUGGUGUGCAGACAGCUGGGCUGUGGCAGCGCCCUGUCUGCUACAUCAUCUGCCAGCUUCGGCCAGGGCAGCGGGCCCAUCUGGCUGGACAAUGUCAGGUGUUCAGGGUCAGAGUCCUCCCUGACAAACUGCAGCCAUCAGGGCUUCAGCUCACACAACUGUGGACACAGUGAAGAUGCCGGGGUCGUCUGUGAGGGUGAGUGUUAAAUCAUCUAUGUUUCAAUUGCAAGGCUGUUAAAUGAUUGAUACACAAAAUACAUACUACAUCAACGUCCCCAGUCCUGUUCCAGAACAUAUUCCCCAGUCCUGUUCCGUGAUGCGUUCCACAGUCCUUUUCCAGAACAUUUUUCCACGUAUAAAUUAAUUUAAUAUUUAUAUUCAUGAAAAUUUUUAUUUUUUAUUUGAGAAAUGUUGUUUAUUUUACAAACGCAAAGGUUUUCAUGAUUGCUGAAGUACGGUGUAUUGUGGUGGUGGACUGAGACUUGUGCUCCGUACUGUCUAUGUUGUUACACCUCUCUUCUGUGGUCUCAUUUCCUAUAAACUCAGCUACUUCAUCAAGGUGUGAAUUC